AUGGCCAAUUCCUCCUGUGUUACUGAGUUCUUCCUGUUGGGAUUCUCCAGCCUUGGGGACCUGCAGCUGGUCCUCUUUGUCAUCUUUCUCUGCCUCUAUUUGAUCAUCCUGAGUGGAAACAUCACCAUCAUCUCAGUCAUCCGCUUGGAUCACAGCCUCCACACACCCAUGUACUUCUUUCUGUGUGUCCUUUCUACCUCUGAGACCUUCUACACAAUUGUUAUCCUGCCCAAGAUGCUUAUCAAUCUGCUCUCUGUACUCAGGACCCUCUCCUUUGUGAGCUGUGCUUCCCAGAUGUACUUCUUCCUUGGUUUUGCUGUCACCAAUUCCCUGCUUCUGGGAGUGAUGGGUUAUGAUCGCUAUGCUGCCAUCUGCCAACCUUUGCACUACCCCAUUCUCAUGAGCUGGAGGGUAUGUAGACAACUAGCAGCAACAUGUAUUGUUACUGGUUUCUUAAUAUCUCUAUUGGGAACAUCUUUGGUCUUUAGCCUCCCUUUCUGUGGUUCCAAUAGGGUCAACCAUUACUUUUGUGAUAUUUCACCAGUCAUCCGCCUUGCCUGUGCUGAAACCUACAUUAAUGAACUGGUCAUCUUCAUCGGUGGGGUCUUGGUGCUCGUCGUGCCCUUGAUCUGCAUCUGCAUCUCUUAUGGAUUUAUUGCCUCUGCUAUCCUGAAGAUAUCAUCAGCUGAAGGCAAGCGAAAAGCAUUCUCUACCUGUGCCUCUCAUCUUAUUGUGGUCAUCGUCCAUUAUGGCUGUGCUUCCUUUGUUUACUUGCGACCCUCAGCCAAAUAUACAUCAGGCAAAGACAGGCUGGUGACAGUGACUUAUACUGUCAUCACCCCCCUGUUAAACCCUAUGGUGUACAGCCUCAGGAACAAAGAUGUGCAGCUGGCUAUUCGGAAAAUGCUUGGGAAGACUGGAUUUUCUGUUAAGACUUCAUAA